AUGAUUGUUUCAUACGUUGAGCCUAUCCUCAUAGAGUAUAUCAAAGCGGGCGCUAGAGAUGACUAUAUCAAUAAUGAAAAAUUCCAAAAUGAUCCGUUCAACAGAAGAAUUUCUGAGUUGAUUGAAUUAUGUUGCAAGCAAGAAUACGACAGUAGAAUCACACCAGAGGAUCUCCAGGAUAGAAUUGAUAAUCUUGCAAAAGAAACUUUAACAGAUCCAAAUGAAUUGGAUCAGUACAACAAAUAUUGCGAGUAUUUGUUUUCACUCAAGCAAAAGGAAUAUGGCACAAAAGAAAUGAUCGAUAAAGCUCAAAAGUUGGGAUUUUACGAAAAUGAUGAUACACUAUCAAGAAUCAUUAAAGCAGAAAAUCCAAGCUUUAAAGAGCCAAGAUCAUCUGUCUUUGCCGCUUUCGUUCAAUCAUUAGCUCCAACCAAAUAG